UCCGCCGUGUGUGUUAAAGAGAGAGAGAGAGAGAGAGAGACCUGUGCUCUGAUCACUAACGCCGAGUUAAAGUGUAAUUUCCCCCCUGAGCUACAGACCCUGGACUCAUCUAGACCAGACUUCCCCUUCCAGUCUCCUGGUUCUGUACAGUCCUGCUGGAACUGGAUCAAAGAUGUACCACUGCUCAGAUUGUGGGAAGACUUUUACCCAAAAUGGUAAUCUCAAAAAACACCAGCGUAUCCACACAGGAGAGAAGCUGUAUCACUGCUCACAGUGCGGGAAGAAUUUCGCUUGUCAGACUAAUCUCCGGCGGCACCAGCGCAUCCACACAGGAGAGAAGCUGUAUAGCUGCUCACAGUGCGGGAAAGGUUUUGCUCAACUGCUUACUCUCCAUGUACACCAGCGAAUCCACACAGGAGAGAGACCGCAUCAGUGCGUAAAAUGUGGGAAGAGUUUUACUUGUCAGCGUCACCUCCAACAGCACGAGCGCAUCCACACCGAAGAGAGGCCGUAUUGUUGCUCGCAGUGUGGGAAGAGUUUUACCUCUCAAGGUAAUCUCCUGCAGCAUGAGCGCACCCACACAGGAGACAAGCCGUACCAGUGUGCGCAGUGUGGAAAGAGUUUUGCUCAUCUGUUUACUCUCCAAAUACACCAGCGUAUACACACGGGGGAGAAGCCCUAUCGCUGUGGACAGUGUGAAAAGAGUUUUGUAUGUCAGAGUAAUCUCCAACGGCAUAAGCGCAUCCACACCGGAGAGAGGCCGUAUUACUGCUCCCAGUGCGGAAAGAGUUUUACUUGUCAGAGUAAUCUCCAGCGGCAUCAGCGCAUCCACACAGGAGAGAAGCUGUAUAACUGCUCACAGUGCGGGAAAGGUUUCGCUGAACUGUUUACUCUCCAUGUACACCAGCGUAUCCACACAUGAGAGAGACCGCAUCACUGUGGGAAGAGUUUUAUAUGUCGGAGUAAUCUUUAGCGGCAUGAGUGCGUCCACACCUGAAAGAGGCCGUAUUACUGCUCCCAGUGCGGGAAGCUCCCAGUGCGUACUCGGCAAAGUCAUCUCAAACAACACCACAGCAUGCACACAGGACAGAGGCCGUACCAGUGUGGACAGUGUGGGAGGAGUUACAUUUAUCAGACUGACCUUCAACGGCACCAGCGCGGGAGAGAAGCUGUACCAUUGUGGACAAUGUGGGAGGAGUUUUAGUCAAGAAGGUAAUCGUCAGACACACCAGCGUGUCCACACUGGAGAGAAGCCGUAUCACUUUGUAACUUGUGGGAAAAGUUUUACUCGUCAAAAUAAUCUCCAACAGCCACAGUGCAAACGUUUUAGUGACUGGAGUUCCUUCCACAGCCAGCAGCAGAGUCAUACAGGACAGAAAUCAUACCUCUGCGGAGAAUGUGGAUGGGGCUUUUCUUAUUUAAGAUUGCUUAGGAAACACAAGUGUUGUAAUAUCAGGUUGUGUCAUGUGAAUUUGUCAAAUGGGUGUUUUACUGUAAAUACAGCCGGACUUCUUAACUGGACACCUUUACAAGCCAACAGACGAUGGUUGUGUUUACAGACAGUGUAAAGAGAUGAUUGUUGUCCAAGUUUUGUCUUUCCGAAAUCCAUUUAAUCAUAGCUUAGUAAACUGUCUGACCAGAAGUGUGCACCACACCAUGAGUAUCCUCUGAUGGAACAGCAUCCAAUCCAUGGUGCCUUCAGCAUAGCAUUCCUCAUAUAGUUUCUGCAACAUUGACCAGGAUAACGCAGUCACACAAUAAAACUUUGUUGGAUAUUUGUAUAUAUCCACUCCCAGUCAAAAGUUUGGGCACACCAGGGUCGUUCCUGAUUUUUUAUUUUUCUCUACACUGUACACAGUAAAACCGAUAUGUUGUUUAUCCCUUGUGACUUAUCCCCAUGUCAAGACCUUGUGAUAUCCCUCCAAAUAACCAAAUCACUCCUUUAACCACUGCCCAUAAUCUUGGGGUAACCGUGGCCAAUCAUCUGUCAUUUUCCCCACACCUUUCUAUUCUUACUCGCUCUUGUAGAUUUCUUCUUUACAAUAUCAGAAGAAUUCGCCCAUUUCCUUCUUUACAGGCUACUCAGGUGCUUGUUCAGUCCCUAGUUAUUUCAAGACUCGACUACUGCAACUCACUCCUGGCAGGCCUGCCUCUAGAUGUCCGUACAGCAGAGACUUUGACUAUCUUUAAACGACGACUCAAGACGCAUCUGUUUCUCCAGUACUUGGACAAAUGCCUAAAUGUAUGAUAAGUCUUGUAUUUUUUCCUGCAAAACUGUUAUAAAAAUGAUUGUUAUAAAUGUUUUGAGUUGUGUUAAAAGUAGAUUACCAGGAGUCUAUAUUUGGUGACUUCAUAACUUGCAUAAUGUAUAAUAAUGCAUGAA